CCUCUGACCCAAACAGAAACAUCUCAUCGGCAACACCGUCAUUUUCCAUCCCCACAGUUUUACCCUCGGGAACGCCACUUUUUUCCUAUCUAAUCCAACAACCUGACCCUGUGAAUACGGACUCCAGUUAGGGGCAAAAUUGGUAUACCAAAAGUUGGUCAAAACGGCGCGUUUUAAAGGCCGGCAGGCGUUUGGUUGAACAACCUAACAACCACCACUUUCCUUCGCAGUUCACACUUCUUUCAUCCUUUUAUUUUUUUUAACUUUUAAAUAUAAAAAAAUAUCCCGAAAUUAAAUAUUUUUUAAUUCUUUCCGGAUUAGCACUUCUUCGCUGUAAUUACGAUUGUUUAAUGGUAAUUAAUGAAUUUAUUGAUGCAUUUUUUUAUAUGGAAACUAUAAAAUUAUCCUCUCUUUUACCUUUUUCGGUUUCGCAAACCCCAUACUUUAGUUAGGAUUCCAUCUACUAUUCCUCUCUCUCUCUCUCUCUCUUUCUCUCUCUAAAACUUUUUCUCUCUCUCACACACACAAAACGCCGUUGUCUGCACAUCUCGCCGGGAAGCCUCUCGUUCUCCGGCGAACAGUGUCGCCGCUGAAUUCGACAUUUCCUCGACACGUACGGAGCGCUCUAUUCAAUUUCAUCGGCUCUGUGUGACUCGGCGGGUGGAAUCGUUCCGAUCCCUGAGUUUGACUCGGUCCUCGGAGUUGCUGUGAGAAUGUGGGAAGCUUGAUAGAGUUUUUUCCGCUGUUGUUGCAGCUCUGGAUCGUGGCGUGGAGUAAUUUUACCGUUUUCUGGUCUUAUUUUUUUGUGUGUGGUGAGAGGCGAAGACAGUGGCGAAAGGCGAAGGUUAUCGGAAUGAGAUGGUGGAAGGAAGGGUUUGUUCAUCAAGGGAAGCUAAACUAGAAUUUUUGAAGCGCAAAAGGAUGCAACGGAUGAAAACAGAAACUGAAAAUGAUUCAACCUUUAUUGGCAGCAUGAUGAGUAGGAGCGGGGGUGAUGCUUUACGAACUUCUGCUCCAUGUGGUGUGAGGUUGCAUAAUAGUGCCGAUGUGUACUCUAAAUUUGGCAGCAAUGACAGUGAGAAAGAUGUAUUUUCAAAGAACAAAGUGGCGAAGUUUGAUACUUCAGACCUUGAAUGGACUGAUGAAAUUCUGGAUUGUCCGGUGUACCGUCCUACUAAAGAUGAAUUCCAGGAUCCUUUAGUCUAUCUUCAAAAGAUUGCUCCAGAAGCCUCAAAAUAUGGUAUAUGCAAGAUUGUAUCACCUGUAAGUGCUUCCGUACCAGCUGGUGUGGUUCUAAUGAAAGAGAAGGCUGGUUUCAAGUUUACAACUAGGGUGCAACCACUUCGUUUGGCUGAAUGGGAUAGUGAUGACAAGGUCACGUUUUUUAUGAGUGGGAGAAACUAUUCAUUUCGUGAUUUUGAGAAAAUGGCGAACAAGAUUUAUGCUCGUAGAUAUUAUACUGCUGGAGGCCUUCCUGCUACAUAUAUGGAAAAGGAAUUUUGGCAUGAAAUAGCUUGCGGAAAGACCGAAAGUGUUGAAUAUGCAUGUGAUGUCGAUGGUAGUGCGUUUUCAUCUUCUCCCAGUGAUCCACUUGGAAAAAGCAGAUGGAAUUUGAAGAAACUUUCUCGGCUGCCAAAAUCUACAUUGCGUCUUUUGGAGACAGCAAUCCCGGGAGUCACUGAACCUAUGCUUUACAUAGGGAUGCUUUUUAGCAUGUUUGCUUGGCACGUGGAAGAUCAUUACUUAUAUAGCAUCAAUUAUCAUCACUGUGGGGCUGCAAAAACAUGGUAUGGCAUUCCCGGUCAUGCAGCUGUCGAUUUUGAAAAGGUUGUCAAGGAGCAUGUGUAUACUCAUGAUAUCUUAUCCAUGGAUGGGGAGGAUGGAGCUUUUGAUGUUCUUUUGGGUAAAACGACACUUUUCCCACCAAAUAUAUUGGUAGAACAUGGCGUUCCUGUUUACAAAGCUGUACAAAAGCCCGGCGAAUAUGUAAUAACUUUCCCUAGAGCUUAUCAUGCCGGAUUUAGUCAUGGUUUUAAUUGUGGUGAAGCUGUCAACUUUUCAACCGGUGAUUGGUUUCCGUUGGGAUCAAUUGCCAGUCGGCGUUAUGCUCUACUCAAUAGGGUGCCUUUCCUUCCCCUUGAGGAACUCCUAUGUAAAGAAGCAAUGAUACUAUAUUCGAGACUAGCACUUGAAGACCCAAUUUCAGAAACAUGUGCAGAUUUGAUAUGUCAUAAGAGCAUAAAGGUUUCUUUUCUAAAUUUGAUCCGAUUUCAGCAUCGUGCUCGGUGGUGUCUGGUGAAGUCAAGAGAGUGCACAGAUAUUUCUUCCUUUUCCCAUGGAACAAUUCUAUGCAGCAUCUGCAAACGCGAUUGCUAUGUAGCAUAUCUAAACUGCCAGUGCUACUUGCACCCUAUGUGCCUUCGCCAUGAUAUCAAGUCAUCUAAUUUGCCUUGUGGUAGCACUACUACAACACUUUCUGUAAGGGAAGACAUCUUGAAUAUGGAAGCAGCAGCCAUGCAUUUUGAGCAGGAGGAAAACAUAUACCAGGAGUUUGAACAACAUCAUAGAAAUGACGACGACUUUCUUUUACUAUCUACCAUAUACACGGGAGGUGAUAACGAAGGGUAUAUUCCUUAUGGCACGAUCUUCCUAGAAGAGAAUCAGUUAGAGCAUCCAGCUUCAUCCUCAUUAAAGUCCAGUAUAGAUCUCAACAUAAUUGCAGAAGGGUAUGCGAACACCAACUCAGAGAAUCAAAAUAAGAUGCCUUCUGGAGAAUUCGUUCGAAGUGCCUCUGACAUUACACAAUCCCCUAACAGGCCACUUGUUAGAUCCCAAAACAAACCUGUUCAGGGGGUAGACAGUAGAAAUACCAUCAGCGAAAAUAGUGAUGACUCUGAUUCAGAAAUAUUUAGGGUUAAACGACGAUCUUCUGCCAAAGUAGAACAGAAAAUCGCACAUGAUUCUGUUUCUGCUACUACUGAUCAGCAGGGUUUCAAGAGAUUAAAAAAGAACCAACGAGAAGUGCGCUGUGGACAGUUAUCAUCAUCAUCGAAAUGUUUGAAUUCUACUGAAUCUAGACAAGUUUCGGUUGGUAACAAAUUUGGCAGGGGAACUGGUAUUCCUAUCUCCAUUAAGUUCAAGAAAACUCGAAAUGAAGAGGUGUUGACCAAACAUGGAGAAGUGCAUAAUAAUAAUAAUAAUAGUAGAGAUCAUAAUAGGCAGCAACAUAAUGAGUUGGGGAGCAAGCGUCUCAAAGUCAGAGGACCGUCAGUUUUAGGUCACGAGGGAAAAUAUUAGGGUAUGUGUUGGCAAUUGCUCAACAUCUGUUAAAAACCUGACCUGGCUAACGACAUUCUUUAUUGGUGGAAUCUAACAACAGGGUAAAAAAGUUAGAAAUUUGUUGUGGAAGCAGCGGCAAAAUUUAACCAAAUUUAGGAUUUAAAAAAAAAAAGUCGAUUCUUUGUGCUGGCCUCAAAAUUGGGGCAGGUUGCACGGUGAUAAUUUUAUGGGUUUCUCUGGCCGGGGGUGUUUUUCGGUCUUUUGGCAGGAGAAUCUCUCGCUCUCGUACGUGCAGCGCACAUGCAGAAAGUAGGUUUUAGGUUUUUAGUGUUGCCAGGAAUGUACAUUUGUUUCUUCUUGUUAACAGUUGAUUGAUUUUUGUGGGGGAAGGCAACAGUGGGUAUAAUGUAUGUAUUCUCACUGGUGUUUGGCCUCAUUAAUGUCAAAAGUCUGCUGCUUCCCUUUGUUAGCGUUUAUUAUUCUUUCGUGGUAGUUAUUGAGCUUUGGUGCCUUUAUAUACAUUGAAUAAAAAUCGAGAAAUUCCUUAUUUUUCGUUAUGUCAUUGUUUA